GUGAAUCAAUGGUAGUAUAAAAAUGUAGCAAUAUUUUGCUGGUAAAAACUGUCGAUGUAAUAAAGAAUUUAAAGAAAAUCCGAUGUUUUAAACCUGAUUAUGGGAAAGAAAGGCAGAGCAAAGCCUAAGCAAAAGCAAACAGGAAAAAAGCGAUCAAAAGGAAAGCAAAGCUGUGCAAGCAGGAUUAGUGGUGUGAAGAAAUUAAGAGAAGAUAAUGCAGGCAAUAAAUAUGUUGGCAAGCUGGAAGAUUAUGAACCAAUUCGUAAGAGAGAUUCUGAUGAUGAACAAGAGGGGGAAAGUAGUGAUAUUGACGAAGGAGAUCUGGACGUGUUUCACCAUCCUCAAACUGACUUUAAGUUUUUAGCUUCCGUUGAUUUGCAAGAAAACUCAAAGUUGAAUAAGAAGAAGAGGAAAUUGUUGGAGAAUGAAGAAGAAACAUACGAAAAGAAACCUCGUCUUAUGGCAAAAGCAUGGAAAUCAGAGGAAUAUGCUCGCCUGCCACUAAAGAAUGAAACUGGUGUCAUUCGGCAGAGUUAUGACCAUGUUGAAAAUGAGGAAACUCCAGACGCUCUGGGUUUUGUCGAAGGCUGUCCAAAACAGGAAGAAACUAAGGAUUCCCAAAAUGAAGAUAUGAUUGCAGCAGAAUUAUCUGCGGUCGACUUACUUAAACUGCGACAAGAGAAGAUAGAGGCAAAGAAAGCUUUAAUUUCUGAACUUGUGUCUUCUGUCCUUGAAGAUACACAAGCAAAUAUUGACAAGCUGGGUGAAAUGAAUAAAUUAUGCCAGGAAAAGGAUUCGGAUAUUUCUCUCACAGUCAGAAAGUUGGCCAUCGUUUCUCAACUGGAAGUUUUCAAGGAUAUUAUUCCAGGAUAUCGUAUUCGACCUUUGUCAGAAUCAGAACAAAACGUAAAGGUUUCUAAAGACGUGAAAAAAGUACGACACUUUGAAGAAGGUUUGCUGCGUUGUUACCAACGAUAUUUGGAAAUUUUGGAACAAACUAUUAAAGAAAAGAAGAAGUACAGAGGAUCUCGAAAGCAUCUAGGAAAGGGUCUACCAAUGAUAGCAUUGCAAUGUCUUUGUGAUCUGCUGAAAAAUGUUCCUCAUUUCAACUUUCGUACAAACAUCAUGGCUGUUCUUGUUCCAAAGAUGAACGACCAAUCAACACAUGAUGAAAUAUCAAGUUUGUGCUGUGAAACAGUUCAGUCUAUUUUCAAAACGGAUUCUGUUGGUGAAAUCUCGUUGGAAAUAGUACAGCUUAUCAAUAAACUGGUAAAAAACCAAUCAUUCAAAGUCAAACCUUGCGUUUUAGAGACGUUCAUCUCGCUUCGACUUCACGAUGCGGAACUCGGUGGGAAGGGCAAGGAAAAUGAGCAGAGGCCAAAGUCUGGUAACAAGAUGGAGAAAAUGAAGAAGAAAAAGAUGUCAAAGAAUGACAGAAAGAGGCAAAAAGAAUUAAAGAAAAUUGAGCGAGAGUUACAGGAAGCAGAAGCCGUUGAAGGAAAGGAGAAGUCCAGAAGAAUGCAAACCGAGAUCAUCAAGCUUGUCUUCUCCAUAUACUUCCGAGUGUUGAAAUCAGCUGACGUGAGUCCACUGCUCGCCCCAGUCUUAGCCGGUCUCUCCAAAUUCACGCAUCUUAUUAAUAUUGACUUCUUCGGUGACCUUAUGAUCGUCCUGAAAAACCUCGUUACUUCAGAGGAUAUAUCAUCAAGGAACAAGCUGCAUUGUAUUUUGACUGCGUUCAAGAUCCUCUCGGGGCAAGGAGAGGCAUUGAACAUUGAUCCCCAAACAUUUUACUGUCAUCUAUAUUCAACUCUUCUGGACAUCGAUAAAGCGGGCGACAUAAAGAUAGCCCUUGACUGCCUGGACGUUAUGGUGAACAAGAGAAGAAAACAGGUUUCGAUACAGAGACUACUUUCAUACAUCAAACGGCUGUGCACAGUCUCUUUAUAUCAAUCAACUUCAACAUCUCUUGCUUUGUUGUCGUUUGCGAGAUCAUUUUUGCAGAUGAAUGCCAAGAGCGGGAUAAUUUUGGAUAAUGAUUGUGCGGGAAGCGGCGUGUUUCGUCCUGAGAUCAAAGAUCCCGAGUACUCGAAUGCUGACAGUACAACAUUAUGGGAACUCGCAGUUUUUCAGAAACAUUACGAAACUGUUUUGAGAAACUAUGCUUCCCAUAUAUCCCUGGGAAACCCAAGUCAUACGCCAGGAGGUUUAUCGAAUCAGCUUGCCCGGAAGAAUCCGAUGGAGCUUCUUGAAGAGUUUAGGGAAGACAAACAACUCGAUGAUUUACUGAAUAAUCCUCUGCGGAUGAAAAAACAAUCGAGCGUAAAGACAAGUAGAACUACUGAAUUUCGGACUAAAGCAAUUCAAGAAAAUGUUGAUACAUGCCUGUCAUGGUUGGAGAAACGGAAAAGGAAAAACGAUUUCAGGGAAGUCGCAAUAAAUAUUCCUUGAUAUUAUAUUAACUGAUGUGGACAAUGGGUCCAUGUACAAUAUUAUACAAGACAUGUACAGUAUUAUACAAGAUAUCCUCAAAGAAGGUCCCCAUGAUUUCAAAUUUGAUAUUUAUUAUUCUGAAACUGCACUUUUAAGCUCGGGUUUAUAUAUUGACGAGACUAAAUCUCCUGGUUCUUUAAUUAAAUGGGCUAUAUAAAGCAUAAUGAAACGUAUAUGAAGUAUAUUUUUCCACGGACCUUUAGAACCCAGGAGACCUUCGAACGCUGCAUGUGACGUAGUUUGCAGAUUAAGCAUGGUACUGAUUUGUCAACAUGAAGGACACAUUAGCUGACCAGAAACAUGCUUGUAUCUCUGCAAUCUAAAAACAGCCUCUAGUCAGAGCGUUUUCUAGUCAAAACAGCACAAUCAGGCGAAUGGUGGCCAUGUUUAAAUGAUUCAGCUCCAAGUGCGGAAAGAACACGUAGUAUAUAAAUACCAAA